GGAGUACGGUUCCUAAACGUAACAAACAAUUCCCGUCUUUUGUUGGUUCACGUAAACCACAUAAAACUGCUUAACCCAUUACGCCACCAAGGGAUCGAUGGGGUGGGUGGCGAAUCCGUGGACGGCGGUCGCCGCCGCCAUCUGGAUCCAGUCGAGCUGCGGCGCAUCCUACACCUUUAGCAUUUACUCCGCCGUGCUGAAAUCGACGCAGGGCUACGACCAAUCCACCCUCGACACCGUCUCUGUUUUCAAGGACAUCGGCGCUAACUUCGGCGUCCUGUCUGGCCUCCUCUACACCGCCGUCGUUUCCUACACCCAUCGCUCCGCCCUUCCUGGCUCGCCUUCCAAGUCCAAAUGGACCUCUCUUUCUGGGCCCUGGGUGGUCCUCGCUUCCGGCGCGGUUCAGUUCUUCGCGGGCUACCUUUUUAUCUGGGCCUCCGUCGUGGGCCUUAUAAGCCCUCCGCCCGUGCCCGUCAUGAGCUUCUUCGCGUGGCUCGCGGCUAAUGGCCAAACCUUCCUGAACACCACCAAUGUCGUCACUGGCUUGCGCAACUUCCCUGGGUAUAGCGGCACCAUCAUUGGGAUCAUGAAGGGCUUUCUCGGACUGAGUGGAGCUAUCUUGAUCCAAAUUUACCACACGUUUUUCGAUGGGGAGCCGUCAACGUUCAUUUUGAUGCUUGCUCUGUUACCUUCAUUGAUCUGCGUGUUGUUUAUGUUCUUGUUGAGGAUUUAUGAAAUUCAUGGCAGUGAUUACAAGAAGCAUUUGGACAGUUUCUCUGUGGUUACUGUGAUUAUUGUUGCCUAUCUGGUGUUCAUUAUAAUGUUACAGAACUUCGUCCGUUUGCCAUAUUGGGGAUGGAUGUUAGAGUUUGUGAUUCUCGUGGUUCUGCUAGCAUCACCUUUUGUAAUUGCUAUCAAGGCCCAUUGGGAGGAGUCACAGAAUUUUCCACAGUCCUACACCAUUGAGAGUGGUUCUUCUACAAAUAAGGGUACUACGUCUUCCAGUUAUUCUGCAUCAGGGGGGGAUCAAGUGGAGUACCAUGAGUUGCCCAGUGAUGAGGGGCAGGUACAAGGGACUUCAGAUGACGAAUUGCCCCAAGAAGAAGACAAGAACCUAUUGCAAGCUAUCUGCACGCUUGAAUUUUGGAUGUUGUUUGUGAUCAUGAUAUCUGGAUUAGGCUCUGGGCUUGCAACUAUCAAUAACAUGAGCCAAAUAGGACAAUCCCUUGGCUACAGUACCAUUGAGAUUACCAAUAUGGUAUCACUAUGGAGUAUGUGGAACUUUCUAGGUCGUUUUGGAGGUGGCCAUAUAUCUGAUUAUAUCAUGCACAGAAAAGGUUGGCCAAGGCCCCUGUUGAUGACUGCAACACUGGGGAUGAUGGUUGUUGGGCAUUUAAUUAUAGCGUGUGGUUUCCGCGGAAACUUGUAUCUGGGUCCUGUUCUAGUGGGCAUUGGCUAUGGGGCACAUUGGUCCUUGAUGCCUACGAUCACUUCGGAGAUAUUUGGUGUAAAGCAUAUGGGUACCAUUUUCAAUGCCAUUGCUGCAGCAAGUCCACUUGGAUCUUAUAUACUUUCUGUGAAAGUUGUUGGGUAUAUUUAUGACAAGCAAGCCGAUGAAGAUAAUUUUUGCUUUGGCAUAGACUGUUUCAUGUCUUCAUAUUUUAUCCUGGCAGGCGUGACUUUUCUUACACUUUUGGUUGCUUUGCUAUUAUACUUCCGUACCCAAAGCUUUUAUAAACAAGUUGUGCUUAGAAGAUUGAAACAUUAUGCAAGAUGAUGAAGCUUUUAUUUGCCUCCCUUUCAACGCGAGGUAAAGGCUUGGGAAACCAGUCUUGCUUUCUUUGUUGUCUUUGGCAUAGAUAUAUGAUUGAUUAAUGCAGUUUUCUAGAAGUUAUCAUCUAUGAGCAAGAUUUGAAUUAUGUAUUUUUUAAAAUUGAUUGAAUUAUGUAUUUUUUAAAAUUGAUUGAAUUAUGUAUUUUAUUUGUUAUAAAUGUACACAUAAUUAUUCCCUAUUCUCAGAA